AUGUGGCACAGCCUCCCCUCAGCAGAGGUACUGGAAGAGCACCGCUGGGAUAAGCAGACUGACAAACCAAAUUCAUUUCAACAAAAGGUGGUAGAGGACUUAGCAGCCUCCUGUAUUGCUCUGAAGUUGGAAAAUGAAAUUCUACAGGCCCAAGUGCAGCAGCUGAUGGAAGAAAAUUCUGCUCUUCAGGCCCAUCCAGAGCUCCAGGAGCCCAGAGCAGCCAAGGAGGAUGAACCAUUCCUGAAGCCCUCAGAGACCCAGGACCCACCCCCCCAACACCACACACACCCAGGACAUUUGUUUUCCCCAGCAGCCUGGGAACUCCAAGAACCCCCAGGGGUCAAGGAACCCCAGAAGCCCACAGAACUCCAGGAGCUUCCAGCAGCUUGGGAGCCCCCAGAAGCCCAGGAACCUCAGAAGACCCCAAUCACCCAAGAUUUCCAGAAGCCUCUAGAGUUCCCAACAGUCCCAGAAUUCAUGGAGCUUCAAGCAACCCAGGAGCCCCAGGAAUCCCCAGAGGCUGAGAAGCAACAGAAGCACCCAGUGCUCCAGGAAACCAACAAAUCCCCACCAGCCAUGGGAACCCAAGAUCCUCCAGCAACCCAGGAUGUCCCAGCAGACCAGGAGCCCAAGAAUUCAGAACCCAAGUAUCCCCCAAAUAUCCAAGAGCUCCAGGAUACUCCACAAUGCCAGGAGACUUUGGCAUACCAGAAGCCCCUUGAGUUUUCAUCUCCCCAGGAGUUUCUGGAGUCUCAAGUGCCCCAGGAGCCCCUAGAUUCCUUGGAAUCCCAGGAGUUCCUAGAGUUUUCAGCACCCCAGAAGUCCCUGGAGGGCUUAAUAGCUGUUGAGACUUCAAAAGCUCCAGAGGUCCCACAAGUCCCCAGUGGGUUACAGGCUGCAGCUUUCCUACAGAAUACCCUUGACUUCAAUGAGGAUGCCCAGAAGCUGCCUGAGUUCUUGGUUCAAUGAAAUAGUUAUGUGAGAGUCAGAGUACACCAGUAUCUCACUGAAGCAGCCCUGGUAAGCUUCAUUGGUAACUGCUUCCCAUGUGAGGCAGGGAGGUGGUUCCAGCCCUUAGUAGAUAUCCAAAGUCCCCUGAUGAAGCAAUUUGAAAUUUUAAUAAGAGUGUUCCAGGAUACUUUUGACAAUCCAGAAAAUAUGCAGGAUGCAAACUACUGCAUCCAUCAGCUCUGCCAAGGGGAGGACCUUGUCCAACAAUAUGCAACACAUUUCCUCAUUGCUCAAGAACUUAACUACGAUCAAAGCACUUUCUGUGUCCAGUUUCAGGAAAGCUUUGCCAGGUCUAUCAGAUGACUCUCUCACAUAAGUCCUGCCAGCAACUUGUCUGAUCUGAUCACCAUGUGUAUCAGCCUAGAAGAGAAGCUAAAUGGUAAGCCUGUUCACAAUCCAUUUCAGACAAACAACUUUGAAGAAAUAGAUGGGCCUGAGAGCCCACCAGCUGAAUACCAAACUGUUCAGGCUGCAGGCAACUGCCCAUACCUUAGCAAAGCUGAAUGGGCCUGUCAUCUUUAAAGUCACUUGCUCCUCUACUGUGCUCCUGGUCAUUUUGCCAGAGUUGGCCUUGUCAAGCCUUAUCAUACCAUGCAGGCAGGAACCAUCAAGGGCUGGUGGUAA